AUGGCGGCAAUUUCAGUGGCAGAGUUUAGAGCCACUUUGCGGGCGGCAAUAGACCGCCGAAAAACCCAAUAUGCAAAUUUCUAUGCAUUCCAUUUUCGUUGGGAGGAUGAUAAUACGGGUGCGGACCAAGACAAGAAAAGUUUUUGCGAUAUGACUCACUUAAUGGGUUUUCCCAACCCAGAUGUCUUUGUAAUCCCUAAAGAUAUGGCAACGCCUGGACUUGAGGUGAUGGCAAAAAUAAUUGACUUAUUUAAGGCUGGGGCAACUGCAUCAGGUCAGUCAAUCCUGCUAGUGCAUUAUUCUGGGCAUGGGGGCCCAAAUAAUCUGGAUGAACUUGUGCUCUCCAGUAGGUCUGGUCAAAAGAUUGCUGCUGAACAAAUCAUGGGGAGCAUUAUCAACACAGGAGAUCCUGAUGUGACUGGGAUUGAUGUCGUCUUUAUUUUUGACUGCUGUUAUAGCUUCUUGACGACACGCACUGUGACAGAGGAGCCCCGUAUUGUUGAGGUUUUGGCUGCUAGUAACAAUAAUGACCCUGCUGUGUUUGGUGCAGGUCCCAGAAAUUCUUUCACAUCCAAGAUGUUCAUUGAAAUUCACUCUGCGGCACAAGCAGAAGCCACAUCUGUGGAGAUGGCAGAUGUGAUUGACACCCUUCAAAACCAAUCUUCAUUGAAGAAGUCUGGCCAUGCAACAAGACUUGGUGUGGGUUCUGUUGUUUUGCCUCUGCUGCCAAAUAGAGCUGGCAUCAUAAAUAAUCCAAACCCAAGUGAGUCUGGAAUGCUUGCCACAUUCAGCAUUCAUGUGGGCAAGAUCUUUACUAAGGCCGAACUGGAGGACUUAGGUGUCUGGUUAGCCAGUAUGCCAAAAGUCAAAGGUGCAUCAUUGAGGCUUGAAAGCAUCAAGCAAACACAGUCAACAGUUUUUAUCUUUGAGGCUAGCCGCUUGUCCUAUCAUCGAAUCUGUGGCCUUCCAGGAGUGACAUUAAUCUGCGAAAAUUUCCUUGUCAAUUUUGAUUGGUUUUUUCAGCCGGCUCCUCCUCAAACUACCACUCCAAGUCAAAGCGGACGGCCUAUUAGAACAGUCGACGAGAAUAUACCACCAGAGGGUCAACGCACCAAGCCCUCAUUUCCAAAGAGAAAGUGA